GGGGUUCUUAAUCCCCUGUCCAUAAACUUCCUAGAAUUGUUCCUGUCUGUGUAUGUUUUCUUCUUAGGGGAAGGGGUACCCCAGAUUCUCUGGGACUCAGGGCUGCAAUCACUAAGGAGGUCCUUUCUAGCUCGCACAGUUUCUAGAUUCUUGCCCCAUCUCUCCCUCUAAUGCUCCCUCCAAUCCUGGAGGUCCCUAAGGUUGCUGGUUACCCAUCCUCUCCAGCAUAUCAGAACAUCCUUUCCAUCCCCAGAUGGAGGGUCUCUCCACUUCCCAGAGUUGGAGCAUUUCCCAGCUUGCUGACGUUGAUCUUAGGCAUGUCACUUGCCAUCUCUAAGCCCCAUUUCCACCAUCUGCGGAGUAGAAAGGGUAAUCCCCCCUCCCACACCCGCCGUGAGAAUUGAGUAACAACGCCAGCAGAACAGAACCAGAAAGAGCCUGCAGUAAAUGCUCAGUGGGGGGGUGGGGUUCAUUCAACUGUUGGUCAGUUCUCUGGGCCCCUUCUCCUCUUCUCCGGUGCUGGAAGCCUCUGUCUCCUUGAGCAGAGGUGGAGUGUGCAAGGUUCCCGGAACGGAUUAGUUUCGGGUGUCAAUCCAGGGGGCCCUUCCGUAAUCAGAGCCUUCAGAGGAGCAGAGAUGGUAUAAAUCUGCAUAAGGGGCCAGGCUCACAGAGGCUGCAGGAUGGAGAGGGGGCCAGGAGCCCAGCUGCUGCUGCUGCUAUGGGCCACCUGCUGGGGACACGCACCAGCAGACCAUCUGAGCGACUACGCAUCGGUCAUCGACGUGACCAACGGGGGUCCUUGGGGUGACUGGGCCUGGCCCGAGAUGUGUCCUGAUGGAUUCUUCGCCAGCGGGUUCUCGCUCAAGGAGGAGCCCCCCCAAGGCAUUCCUGGCGAUGACACUGCUUUGAACGGGAUCCGACUGCACUGCUCGCGGGGGAACGCAGAGCGCAACAAGCACGUGGUGCAGUCCCAGUCUGGAAGGUGGGGCGUGUGGAGUGAGCCCCUGUGGUGUCCCGGGGAUGGCUUCCUCGUGGCUUUCUCACUGCGUGUGGAGGACCCGGAGACCCGGGGGGACAACACGGCAGCCAACAACGUGCGCUUCCGCUGCUCCGACGGCACGGAGCUGGAGGGGUCAGGCCUGGCCUGGGGUGACUUUGGAGAGUGGAGUAAGGCCUGCCCCAAAGGCAUGUGCGGUUUGCAGACCAAGGUGGAGCAGCCGAGGGGCCUCCUGGACGACACCGCGCUCAACGAUGUGCGCUUUUUCUGCUGCAGCAGUUAACCAGGGCCCCGGCCCCGGGGGCCAGUCCCACGGCUCGCUAUUAAAGCUUCUCUGUCUUGGC